ACAGUCAAGAGGGGCGCGAGAGACCCAAGGGAAGGGGCCGAAAGCCGCCUGAUUGACAGCCCGAAAUCUGAUCUUGUGAAAGAGACGUGGAGCCAAUGGGAGGCAGCGAUCCAUCAGUUUGGAUUGGAGGCCCCUGGAGGAGAAGUAGAGGAAAAACCACCGAAUUGAGCUCUGUCAGAGGCGCUUUCGGCUUCCAAGGGGAAGUGCUGGGCAAUAAUUAAUGUUUUUAUUAAAUUUGGAGGGAAUUUUUUGCAGCCGUUCGCCUAGCGUGGCCUUCAGGUUUAUAGAAGUCCAGAUUCCGAGGAAAUCUCCUGCUAAAUGCUCAAAAUAUAAAACACUGAGCUAAUAUUUGUGAAGAGCAGCAGAAUGGAUGGAUUUUAUGACCAGCAAGUGCCUUACGUGGUCACCAACAGUCAGCGUGGGAGAAAUUGUAACGAGAAACCAACAAAUGUCAGGAAAAGAAAAGUCAUUAACAGAGAUCUGGCUCAUGAUUCUGAAGAACUCUUUCAAGAUCUGAGUCAGUUACAAGAAACAUGGCUUGCUGAAGCUCAGGUACCUGACAAUGAUGAGCAGUUUGUGCCCGACUAUCAGGCUGAAAGUUUGGCUUUUCAUGGCCUACCACUGAAAAUCAAGAAAGAACCCCAGAGCCCAUGUUCAGAACUCGGGUCUGCUUGCAGCCAAGAGCAGCCCUUUAAGUUCAGCUAUGGAGAAAAGUGCCUGUACAGUGUCAGUGCCUAUGAUCAGAAGCCACAUGUGGGAAUGAGGCCCUCCAACCCCCCAACGCCAUCCAGUACUCCAGUGUCCCCACUACAUCAUGCAUCUCCGAACACAACACAUACUCCGAAACCUGACCGGGCCUUCCCAGCUCACCUCCCUCCUUCUCAGUCCAUACCAGACAGCACCUACCCCAUGGACCACAGAUUUCGUCGCCAGCUUUCUGAACCCUGUAAUUCCUUUCCUCCUUUGCCGACAUUGCCAAGGGAAGGGCGUCCUAUGUACCAACGGCAGAUGUCUGAGCCAAACAUCCCCUUCCCACCACAAGGCUUUAAGCAGGAGUACCAUGACCCAGUCUAUGAACAUAACACCAUGGUUGGAGGUGCAGCCAGUCAAAGCUUCCCCCCUCCUCUGAUGAUCAAACAGGAACCCAGAGACUUUGCAUAUGAUUCAGAAGUGCCUAGCUGCCACUCCAUUUAUAUGCGGCAAGAAGGCUUCCUGGCUCAUCCAAGCAGAACAGAAGGUUGCAUGUUUGAAAAGGGCCCCAGGCAGUUCUAUGAUGACACCUGUGUUGUCCCAGAGAAGUUCGAUGGGGACAUUAAGCAAGAGCCAGGAAUGUACCGGGAAGGACCCACAUACCAGAGGCGAGGAUCCCUUCAGCUUUGGCAGUUUUUGGUAGCUCUUCUGGACGACCCUUCAAAUUCUCAUUUCAUUGCCUGGACUGGACGAGGCAUGGAAUUUAAACUGAUUGAGCCUGAAGAGGUGGCCCGGCGUUGGGGCAUUCAGAAGAACAGGCCAGCUAUGAACUACGACAAACUUAGCCGUUCUCUCCGCUAUUACUAUGAGAAGGGAAUCAUGCAGAAGGUGGCUGGAGAGAGAUAUGUCUACAAAUUUGUCUGUGACCCGGAAGCUCUUUUCUCCAUGGCCUUUCCGGAUAACCAGCGCCCACUGCUGAAGACGGACAUGGAACGCCACAUCAACGAGGAGGACACGGUGCCUCUAUCUCACUUUGAUGAGAGCAUGGCCUAUAUGCCAGAAGGGGGCUGCUGCAACCCCCACCCCUACAACGAAGGCUAUGUGUACUAAAAUGAAUGACAGUCAAGCAGGGCACCCUGUGCUUCGCCUCUUUUUUUUUUUUUUUUUUUUUCAACUUAGAGUCACCGAACUCUCUUCAAUCUUUGUUUUAUUUUUGUUGUUUGUAUUUUAUUUUUUAAAUAAUAAUAAUACAAAAGGGGGCUUUUCCUGUUGCAUUAUUCUAUGGUCUGCCAUGGACUGCGCACUUUAUUUGAGGGUGGGUGGGUGUAAUCUAGAUAUUCAUUCUUUGUAACAGGAAGACGGAGGGUGAAUGGGCAGAGGGAACUAGAAAUUUCUUUUUACGUAGGCUUGGGAUGGGGUCCUACUGGUUUUAUGUAUGAUGAAGCUAUAUCAUGUUUGUUCGAUUUCAUAAUAACGUAAGAUAAUUUUCUCAGUAUCUACGGUACAUUUGAUUUGAUAUUGUGUAAAUACCUACUUGGAGACCAUUUGCCUUGAGCAUUUCCUCAUCAUUACUGAAGUCUUUGCAGGUGUACAAAAAAAAUACUGUAAAUGGCAGUUUAAUGUUAGAAAUGACUGUUUUUGCACCUCUUGUAAAGAAAAAAAAAUAUUUAGCAAUUGCAUUUGUUGUUCUUUCUGUUCCAAUUUGCUUUACAGAUGACUUGUGAAAGAUAAGCAUAAAUGUGGGCAAUUCUCUGAAAUUUGAGUAAUCACCUUGACUGUAAAUGAGGGGCACAGUUUUAGACUCUGGCUCCCACUGAGUCAUAGGCCAGUAGCAUUACAUAUAUCUGGUGCCAUCUUACUGUUUCAGUACAAAUACUGUCUUUUGAAUAUGUCGAUGCCCAUUUCAGUUAAAUAAUGACAUGUCAUGAUCCUUUGGAAUAUUCAUUUAAGUGUUAAAUCUGGGAUCACAAUGAAGCAAAAAAAAAGGAAAAAAAAAAAGAAAAAAAAAGAAAGAAAAAGAAAAAAAAGGAAAAAAGAAAAAAAAAGGAAAAAAAAUUUACCUGUCUCCUUUCACUAUCCUCCGUACAUAAAUACAUUAUUUAAUCAAUAAGAAUUAACUGUACUAAAUCACAUACAAUGCUGUUCUAGUUACAGCAAGCACUCUUUAAGAAAAAUAUCCACUACACUAAAUAGGUAUGAUAGUAAUUUUUAGACAUGGUACCCAUUGAUAUGCAUUUAAAUGUUUCACUGCUGUGUUCUGUUGAUAACAUAUAUAAAUAUUAGAUAAUGCUAAUGCUUCUGCUGCUGUCUUUUCUGUAAUAUUCUCUUUCAUGCUGAAUUUAAUAUGACCAUUUAUAGGCAAUGCAGUUAACUACAGAUAGCAUUCCAGGACAAAAUAGAUGACUCAAACCAUUUAUUGCUUAAGAAAUAGCUUACACCAUGCUAUGCUAUAAGCAGCUUUUAUGCACAUUGACAAAUGAGGAGUGAGCUUCAGCUUGCUAAGGGAAACUGUGGAAACCUUUGUAACUUUUGGGGAAAUGGGACAUUGUUUAUGAACUGUUAAAGAAUAUGAGGAAGUCUUUGUGUGAC